UAGGGCUUUUGAAAAGCAAAACCCCUCCAUUUUUCCACACACUCGUGCUACACAGCAACCCAGCGUCCACAAUGACGAGCGAUGCCGACAUGAGUGGUUGGACUGGUCUGCUGCAUUCUUCUUCCAAGCUAAUUGAACAAGCCGCUCCUUCUGCUCAGUUUCCGCCGCUUCAGAGGAAUUUGGAUCAGUUGGAGGCUCUCUCGAAGAAGCUCAAGGCCAAAACCCUACGCGCCGAAGCUCCGUCCCAGUCUAUUGCGGCUACUAGGCUAUUAGCUCGGGAGGGGUUAAAUGCAGAGCAGCUAGCUCGUGAUCUCAAGUCCUUUGAAUUAAAGACCACAUUUGAAGAUGUAUUUCCUGCGGAGGCAACAACAGUUGAAGAGUAUCUCCAACAGGUCCAUGAAAUGGCAAUGCUCUCAGCUGUUCAGGAAGCUCAGAAGGAUAAUCUUAGAAGUUUCAAUGAUUAUAUGAUGUCUGUAUUGCAGGAGGACUGGCAAAAGGAAAAAAGAGAUUUUCUUCAGAGCCUGAAUCGAAUUUCAAUACUACCGAGAACAAAUGUCCAUGAUUCGAGCAGUGGGGUUAGUCGCCAGGGUCAAAUAGUACCUAUGACUUCAAGCCCUGGGCUUUCGUCAGGACAAUCUGGUGCCGAGCUGGCACUUUUGGCUGAUAAACCCAUAGUUGAAAAAAAGGCUGCAGCAUAUGCUGAAGUUGUGAAGAAUCUUAACAGUGCUAGACAGCAUGGUUCACCCUUCAAACCUGCUGCAGCUUUUAAAAGUGCAUAUGAAAGUCUGAGAAUGGACUCAUCUGGAUCAAAAUCUGUCAGCAUGCUGAAGAUUUGGCAUCUAAUUAUGACAUUAAUGGGUGAGGACCCAAGUGUAAAACGGAGUGUUUCUAAGAGAAUGUCCUUAGUGAUUGGAGCUCGGCACCAUCUGGAGUGGGGACAUGAGAAGUAUGUAAUGGAUAUGAUUCACAGUCAUCCUGCGCAGGCUGCUCUUGGCGGGGCUGUUGGAAAUCUGCAAAGAAUUCGUGCCUUCCUUCGGAUGCGUUUAAGGGAAUAUGGAGUUCUUGACUUUGAUGCUGGUGAUACCCGAAGACAGCCUCCUAUAGACACCACAUGGCAGCAGAUAUACUUUUGCCUGAGAACUGGAUACCAUGAAGAAGCUCUGGGUGUUGCACGGACAUCUCGUGUCUCCCAGCAAUUCACUACACUGCUUUCUGAGUGGAUUUCUACGGGAGGUAUGGUAUCAACAGAGACUGCAGCUUCUGCUUCAGAAGAAUGUGAGAAAAUAUUGAGGAUGGUUGAUCGAGUUGGUCGACCAUCAUAUGACAAGAAAAAGUUACUCCUGCAUGCUAUUAUAUCUGGCUCUAGGAGGCUGAUUGACAGGUUGCUUAGAGAGCUACCGACUAUCUUUAAUACAAUCGAAGAUUUCUUAUGGUUCAUGUUGUCUGCUGUACGGGAAAGCUCUGGUGGUUCCUCUUCGGUUGUCCUCAAUGGUGGAGUAUCAUCUUACAGUUUGGAGGAUUUGCAGGCGUAUCUAAAUAAAUUUGAGCCAUCAUAUUAUACAAAGAAUGGAAAGGACCCUUUGGUUUAUCCAUAUGUAUUACUUUUAAGCAUCCAGCUUCUUCCAGGCGUUCUUCAUUUGUCAAAAGAUAUUGGAGAUAGUGGAUUUAGUGUUGAUUCAGUGCAUAUAACAAUUGUGCUAGCUGAUUAUGGCGUCCUUCCUGAAGGUUCUGGGUCAGGACAAAAACUUGGAGUGAUGGAUGCCUUGGCUGAGGCGUCCAGCAUCAUUAGGCAAUAUGGGGCUGAGUAUUUGCGCCAUGGUUACCUUUCAAUGGCAUUAGAGUAUUAUGCUCAAGCAGCUGCCGCCGUGGGUGGUGGGCAAUUGUCAUGGAUUGGAAGAGCUAGCAUGGAUCAGCAAAGGCAGAUGACCCUGAUGUUGAAGCAACUUUUGACAGAGAUUCUUUUACGUGAUGGUGGUAUAUCACUUUUGCUUGGCUCAAGAGGUGCUGGAGAAGAAGGUCAGUUGGGAAGAUUUUUGACUGAUGGACAGAAAAGACGAGAGUUUUUGUUCGAAGCUGCCCGACAAUGUCAGGAUGCUGGUUUAUAUGAUAAAUCUAUAGAGAUUCAAAAAAGAAUUGGAGCAUUUUCUGCUGCGCUGGAUACAAUAAACAAGUGUCUAUCUGAAGCUCUUUGUGCCUUAUCGCGCGGCACACUGGAUGGUGAAAGCCGGAUUACUGGACUUAUACAUUCUGGAAAUGAUAUCUUGGAAACAUUCAAGUACUACCCAGAAAUCAGUCCUCAAGAGAGAGCAACUGUAAUUGAGCAACAAAACGUGCUGAGGCAGCUUGAAGCAAUCUUAGCCAUCCAUAAACUUGCAAGGUCUGGGAAUAAGCUAGAUGCAUUGAGGGAGAUUGCAAGACUUCCAUUUCUUCCACUGGACCCGAGAUCUACAGAUUCCACACCUGAUGCCUUCCAAAACGUGUCACCUCAUGUUGAAGCCUGUGUACCAGGCCUUCUCAAAGACGCUCUCAAUUGUUUGGACAAUGUCACUGAUACAGAUGGAUCUCUCCGUGCUAUGAAAGCUAAGAUCGCUAACUUUCUUGCCAACAACCUUAAUCGGAGCUGGCCUCGUGAUUUGUAUGAAAAAAUUGCUCGAAGCUUGUGAAUUUUGUUGGUAGAAUCUUGUUUAUAACUUGUCCAUGAGGAUUAAUGUGCAUUGGUAUCCCUUGUUUGAACAGAUUGGUUAUUCUGAGGGUAGCGGCGAUUCCUUUUUGGUCAUUAUAUUAAAUCCCUGGGAUAUCAAAUACGUACUCGUUUUUGUAGUACGUAACUCUUAAA